ACCCCGCGAUUUGCAUAGGCGCGGGGAUAAAACCGCCCCGCCAGCGAGCUCUCUCUACACUGGCGUGCGGAGCGGCGGCAGCAGCGAGCGGCGGGGCUGAGCAUCACCGCGCGGCGACACCGAGCCACCUGCCAACAUGUCCGACAAACCCGACAUGGCCGAGAUCGAGAAAUUUGACAAGUCCAAACUGAAGAAGACAGAGACGCAAGAGAAAAACCCGCUGCCUUCAAAAGAAACGAUUGAACAGGAGAAGCAAGCGGGUGAAUCGUAAUGAAAUCUGCCCUUCCAAAUUAUGCACUGUACAUUCCACAAGCAUUGCCUUCUUAUUUUACUUCUUUUAGCUGUUUAACUUUGUAAGAUGCAAAGAGGUUGGAUAAAGUUUAAAAUGACUGUACUGCCCCUUUCACAUCAAAAGAAUAGAGAGAACUACUGACACUGAAUGAAGGCGCUGCCUUUCCCUCUGCCUGUCUGGCUUUGGUCCUGGUGGCAUGAAAGAGCUUGCAUGUUGAUGGAAGAAGAACUUGGGUGGGACUACAGUAAACUAGAGUAACACACGAAUAAAUGCAAAGCUGUACCAAGGUCCUGCGAGCUGUAAAA